AUGUGGCGGGUGUACCUGGCAUCAGGGGAGUCGCUGGUGGUGCACAUCGAGGAUCUUCCGCAUGCAGUGUGGCCUCCCUCCGUGCUUGUGCUGAAGCAGCAUCUGGGAGCGCUUUGUGGCCAGCCGAGAUUCAAGCAAAGGCUGCUGCGCGAUGGCGUCCUCCUGGAAGAUUCGGAGCUGCUCGAAACAUCCUUGGACUUGCAGUUGGUGGUGCUACCCUUUUCAGAGACCACACAAGCGCAGUGUCGGGGGCUCAUGCAAGCAAUUGUCAACAAUUACGCUCAGGAGGUCGAAUCAAUCUUGCAAAGGCCGCAGGAUCCGGACUUGAUCUCGAAGCCAGGGUCGUCUCCUGAACCUUCUGCGUUGCACUUGGCACUGCAGCUUCGCCGCGUCCAGAUUGUGGAGCUCUUGCUGGAGGCCUGGGCCGACGUGGACAAGCCGGAUCUCCGCGGCUCAAGCCCUUUGUUCAAAGCUGUGGACAUCCACCAUCUGGAGGUGAUCCGAGCUUUGUUGGCGGCAAGGGCUGAUGCAGACAAGGCCAACCUGAGGGGAGAGACUCCCCUCUUCAACGCAGCGACCAACGGGCUCGCCGAAGCCGCCCGGCUUCUCGUGGACGCUGGCGCCGACAAAAACAAAGUGAGCUGCUGUGGGAAGAGCCCUCUGCACAUGGCGAUCUUGCGGGGUCACUCGGCUGUGGCUCGGGUGCUGCUGGAGACACGUGCCGACCUGAAUUGCACGAGCCGGCACGGGUCGACGCCGCUGGGAAUGGCGGCAGAACUUGGCGAACUUGAAACUGCACGCCUUCUCUUAGAAAACCAUGCGGAUACUGCCACGGCCGACAAGGACGGCUGGACUCCCCUGCUCUUAGCUUGCCGCAAAGGGUAUUUGGAGGUGGCCGAUCUCCUCCUCCAGGCCGGUGCCAAUGUGGAUCAGGCCAACAAAGAUGGGGAGACGCCCCUGGCAGCGGUGCUUCCCUUGAAGGGCCAAGCUGACGCUGGCGUGCGGCUGCUUACCCAGGCCUCGGCCGAGGUGGACAAGGCAGACGUCGAGGGACGAACACCCCUUCUCGUCGCGUGCUUGCAUGGCCACUUGGAAAUCGCAGAGCUUCUGAUUGGCGCAGGUGCUACCUUGCAGAAGGCGAUUGAGAGAUCCUCCGGCAAUGUGGUGGCAGGGAAUGCGCAUCCCGAAAUUGUGCACAUGCUCUCGCAGGCAGCUGCCGAUGGUUGUGUGGAAACCGUGCGCUUACUUCUCAAGGCGGGUGCCGACAAGGAGGAGCUGAACACUUUUGGUGCAACGCCCCUUUACAUGGCAGCUCUCUGCGGCCACGCCUCUGUUGCCCAGCUUCUGCUGGAGCAAAGGGCCAGCCCCGACACGUCCACCGAAGACGGUUCGACGCCUCUGCGGAUGGCAGCCGCUGGCAAUUCUGAACAUGGUGACUUGCUCACAACGCAGCUGCUGCUGCAAGCCGGCGCCGACAAGGAUCGGGCGGACGAUGCCGGGUGCACACCUCUGCUCAUGGCCUGCAUCCGUGGCAAGCUCGAGGUGGUCCGGGCUCUGGUGGAUGCUGGCGCCGACGUCAACCAGGCCAACAGAAACGGGGAGACCCCGCUCGUGGCGACAGAGGGCAGCCUGGAAGGUGCAGAGCCGCUGGAAGAGGCCGACAGCAGAAGACACGCGUACUUGGAAAUUGCCAAGCUACUGGUCGAGGCUGGUGCCGCGAGAACGAAGGCUGGAAGGUGUGGCCUGUCUGCACCUGUUGACUCCAUGCCUCAGCUAGAAGAUGAGCGAAGAGAAGAGCAGCCUGCAGCUCCAACAGUGCCUGCAGUUCCUGCCGAAGUCGACUGGCUGGCCUCGUUGAAGGGCAAGCGGGUGCCACAUGAGGCGCCCAGCAAGGCCGCCAAGCGUCCGAAGAGGAAGGAUGAUGGUCGAGCAUUGGACAUUCCACCAUUCUGGCGCACCGCGUCGAUUGAAGAGCUCAGCGAGUCGCUGCAGAGUCUCCGCGAACGGAUGCUCCCGAGGAUUCGGAAGAUGGCGAAAGACGCCCGAAGGGAAGACCAGAAGCGCGGUGGCCACUUGAAACCUCGGACGGCUGCUCUCGGCCGUGUGUGA